CUUUGCUGGCGAACACUAUAAUCGACGCUAAUGGUCAGACCAAGCACCAAUGCCCACAGUGUAACAGACUAUACUCGCACUGGCACAGUAUGACGAGGCAUUUACGUCUAGAGUGCGGACGACCCCCUCAGUUCAAGUGUGGCUUCUGCGACUUCCAAUCUACCAGAAAAGGUAGCAUCAACGCCCACAUUGCUAUCAAACACGCCGCUGAAGCAGAAAAAUCACCGCAGCAGCAGCAGCGAUACCAGUGUUCUCAGUGCAGCAAACGGUUUACAUACAAGGUAGCCAUGUUGAAGCACCGCAGUGAGUGCCGCAGCAAUGUAAUCGUCGAGUUCUCUUGUCCCAAGUGUGAGUUUGUGGCAAGUCGCAGUUUGGACUUGGACACGCACAUAGCAUCGGCUCACUACGAUAUGUAAAUUUGCCAAUCGAACUAGACAGUCCCCAUGUUAAAAUUGUCUAAAUGUUUUAGAAUUAAAUUGGAUUUGGUUGUU